AUGUCUGAGGAGCUACCGAAGAGGCUUUUUAAGGAGGGCGAGGAGCCCCGAGUUACUCAGAUCAACAACAACUGCAGGAUCGACUACAUAAUCCGAAAGUUCCAAGCGUGGCUGCCAAAGGAGUUGGAUGUCGUGAAGAAAGACCCGGUUUUUCAUCAGAUUUUUAAGCUCCAUGAGAAUGGUCUUGGAUACUCUGCGAGGGUGAUACACAUCUUCUUGUGUAGGGAGCUGGUGACUUUCUUACAGCACGAGCUAUGGUUUGUCUUUGCGAGGAGACCGCUUCGAUUCUCAUUGCAAGAGUUCCACGCCGUUACCGGGUUUGAAUGCGAUACUCAUAUCUCGCUUGAGGAGUUUGAAGAGUGGAAAUAUGAUGGUGGUUUCUGGAGCAAGGUUUUGAGGAGAAAAGAUGGAACAAUUACACUCUUCAACCUGUGGACUAAGGACAAGGAAGCUGUAAAGAAAUGGAGGAAUGCAGAUCGCAUACGUCUUAUCUACUUGGCGAUCAUUCUUUGUGUGGUAUUGGCGAGAGAUGAGAAGGCUAAUAUCCCCCUAAAGUACAUCGCGGUGGUCAUGGAUCUUGACAGAGUUCGAAGGUAUCCUUGGAGAGUUGCUGCUUAUGACCUUCUCUGCAAAUCCAUAGCCAAAAAUUGUUCCCAACUGAAGGAAAAGACCACUAGAUAUGUCUUGGAUGGCUUCUCAUACGCCUUGCAGAUUUGGGCAAUGGAAGCGGUGCCAAAAAUCGGGAAGCUUUGUGGAAAAAAGCUGGAUAAGGGUUUCAAGGACGGUCCUAGAUGCAUAAACUGGAUGGGAGCUGCGAAGGUGUCAUAUGAGGAGAUCAUUCGCUUGGAGGAGAUUAUUACACCCACGGAUGACAUCUACCCAUACAUCUCAUGGACAGGAAAUUAUGAUGUUGUCAAAGCUCAGGCGUUUCACAGAGAUGAUGAUGUGGAGGAUGACAGAAUCAAGGUUCUGAUGGAGAUGAUAAAGAAGGGGCAUGAUUUUAGUGAGCAUGUUUGGGAAACUGAAGAAAAUGAAGUGAUUUCUUUAUCUCUCGAUGACGAAUCAGCUGUGAAUGAUGAAGCAAGCGUGAAUGUUGAAGCAGCCGAGAGUGAUGACGACUUUCAGACUCCGAAAGGAUCAAAAAACGUUGGUUCUAGAUCAAAGAGGGGUAAAAAGAGGCUUCCCGAUCGUGAUCGGGGUAAAAAGAGGCUUACCGAUCUGAAGUUGUCAACCUUGUAA